UCCGCCGCCCGCAGGCUUGCGGGGAAACUUCCUUAUUAUUGUGACGCCGAAAACGGAGAAACCCCGAGCCGGGCCAGAGGGGCUGUCACAGUCGGAAUCCCGAGCGGCGGUUCGGCGGCCGCCAAGGUCUUCAAGGUGAGGGAAAACCAUUCUGGCUUCUAGUCCAAAUGCCAAGGGUGUGACCUGUGAACUCUAUUCUAGGCUACAUGACUCCCUGAAGGAUCAGAACAAUGUUAUGUUGGGGAUAUUGGUCUCUGGGCCAACCUGGGAUCAGCACCAACCUGCAAGGGAUUGUGGCUGAGCCACAGGUGUGUGGAUUCAUAUCUGAUAGAAGCGUCAAGGAAGUGGCCUGUGGAGGAAACCACUCCGUGUUUCUGCUGGAGGAUGGGGAAGUUUACACCUGCGGUUUGAACACCAAGGGGCAGCUGGGCCACGAGAGGGAAGGAAAUAAGCCAGAGCAAAUUGGAGCUUUGGCAGAUCAGCACAUUGUCCAUGUGGCAUGUGGCGAGUCGCACAGCCUGGCCCUCAGUGACCGGGGCCAGCUGUUUUCUUGGGGUGCAGGGAGUGAUGGUCAACUAGGACUCAUGACUACCGAGGAUUCGGUGGCAGUGCCCAGGUUAAUACAAAAGCUGAACCAGCAGACGAUAUUACAAGUUUCCUGUGGCAACUGGCAUUGCUUGGCUCUUGCAGCUGAUGGUCAGUUCUUCACAUGGGGAAAGAACAGCCACGGGCAGCUGGGCCUGGGGAAGGAGUUCCCCUCCCAAGCCAGCCCGCAGAGGGUGAGGUCCCUGGAGGGCAUCCCCCUGGCUCAGGUGGCUGCAGGAGGAGCUCACAGCUUUGCCUUGUCUCUCUCAGGAGCAGUUUUUGGCUGGGGGAUGAAUAAUGCAGGGCAGCUAGGGCUCAGUGAUGAAGAAGAUCGAGAGUCUCCUUGCCACGUGAAACUCCUACGAACACAAAAAGUCGUCUAUAUUAGUUGUGGAGAAGAACACACAGCAGUUCUCACAAAGUUACUGAAAAAUACGCUCUUGAAAAUUUUUUUGACAGAUCGCUUUAAAUAUCAUAUUGUUAAGCAGAUCUUCUCUGGAGGAGACCAAACUUUUGUACUUUGCUCCAAAUAUGAGAAUUCUUCCCCUGCUGUUGACUUCAGGACAAUGAACCAAGCACAUUACACCAGUUUAAUAAAUGAUGAAACCAUAGCGGUUUGGAGACAAAAACUCUCAGAACACAACAAUGCAAAUACAAUCAAUGGUGUUGUUCAGAUCUUAUCUUCCGCAGCCUGUUGGAAUGGAAGUUUUCUUGAAAAAAAAAUUGAUGAACAUUUUAAAACAAGUCCCAAAAUCCCUGGGAUUGACCUGAACUCAACGAGAGUGUUAUUUGAGAAGUUAAUGAGCUCUCAACAUUCCAUGAUUCUAGAACAGAUCUUGAACAGCUUUGAGAGUUGCCUGAUUCCUCAGUUGUCCAGUUCACCACCAGAUGUCGAAGCCAUGAGAAUCUAUUUAAUACUACCCGAAUUCCCCCUACUCCAGGAUUCCAAGUAUUACAUAACGUUGACUAUUCCCCUGGCCAUGGCCAUUCUGCGGCUGGAUACAAACCCCAGCAAAGUAUUAGAUAACUGGUGGUCUCAGGUAUGCCCAAAAUAUUUCAUGAAGCUGGUAAACCUCUAUAAAGGUGCAGUCGUUUAUCUGCUGAGAGGAAGAAAGACAUUCUUAAUUCCUGUACUGUUUAACAAUUAUAUUACAGCAGCUCUCAAGCUCCUGGAGAAGUUAUAUAAGGUAAAUAUCAAAGUGAAGCAUGUGGAGUAUGAUACAUUUUACAUUCCUGAGAUUUCCAGUCUUGUGGACAUUCAGGAAGACUACCUCAUGUGGUUCUUGCAUCAAGCAGGCAUGAAGGCUAGACCAUCUAUAAUACAGGAUACUGUCACACUUUGUUCCUACCCUUUCAUCUUUGAUGCCCAAGCCAAGACCAAAAUGUUACAGACCGAUGCUGAACUACAGAUGCAGGUGGCGGUCAAUGGAGCUAACCUGCAGAAUGUCUUCAUGCUUCUCACCUUGGAGCCUCUGCUGGCCAGAAGCCCCUUCCUGGUCCUUCACGUUCGCAGGAACAAUCUCGUUGGAGAUGCCCUAAGAGAGCUGAGCAUUCAUUCUGAUAUUGAUUUGAAAAAGCCUCUCAAAGUAAUCUUUGAUGGUGAAGAAGCAGUGGAUGCUGGUGGUGUCACAAAGGAGUUCUUUCUUUUACUGUUAAAAGAACUUUUGAAUCCUAUCUACGGAAUGUUUACCUACUAUCAGGAUUCAAAUCUCUUGUGGUUUUCAGAUAAGUGUUUUGUAGAGCACAACUGGUUUCACUUGAUUGGCAUAACCUGUGGACUAGCCAUCUACAACUCCACUGUGGUCGACCUCCACUUCCCAUUGGCUCUCUACAAGAAGUUACUGAACGUGAAGCCUGGCUUGGAAGACCUGAAGGAGCUCUCACCCACUGAAGGAAGGAGUCUUCAAGAACUUUUAGAUUACCCUGGGGAAGAUAUUGAGGAUACUUUCUGCCUCAAUUUCACGAUAUGUCGAGAGAGCUAUGGUGUGAUUGAACAGAAGAAGCUGAUACCUGGGGGGGACAAAGUAACUGUGUGCAAGGAUAACAGGCAGGAGUUCGUGGAUGCUUACGUGAAUUACGUCUUCCAGCUCUCAGUUCACGAAUGGUACACAGCCUUCUCCAGUGGCUUCCUAAAGGUUUGUGGUGGCAAGGUGCUUGAGCUCUUCCAGCCCUCCGAACUACGGGCUAUGAUGGUGGGGAACAGCAACUACAACUGGCAGGAACUGCAAGAGACUGCCAUCUACAAGGGUGAUUACUCAGCCACACAUCCCACUGUGAAACUAUUUUGGGAAACAUUUCAUGAGUUUCCAUUGGAAAAGAAGAAGAAGUUUCUCUUGUUCCUGACGGGCAGCGACCGCAUUCCCAUCUACGGCAUGGCGAGCCUGCAGAUCGUCAUCCAGUCCACAACCAGCGGGGAGGAGUACCUGCCCGUGGCCCACACUUGCUACAACCUUCUCGAUCUCCCCAAAUACAGCAGCAAAGAGAUCCUGAGCACACGGCUGACCCAGGCCCUUGACAACUAUGAAGGGUUUAGUUUGGCUUGAGGCGCCCCAGCGUGCCCCAGAUUUCCCUCCCUUCCUCAGUGUCCACAUGGAGGCCCAUACAGAAAACCAUGGGGAAGGGAGUUCUAUUUUUUUAUUGUCUAAGUGGGUUGGGACUUUUGAAUCCUGAACCUGGUUGAUGUGUUUCUGGGCUUGUGAGCAGUAGGCAACCUUUUUGAAAAAUCAGGGGUUGGGGACGGGGGUGAAAAAUUGGCAUUUUUGUUUUUAAACCAAAUUACCUAGUAGUGUUCCUGGCACUUGUGAAUAUGUUGCACUCUGCUGGAGAAAAUGGCAGUGGGUUUUUAACCUCUUAUUUCCCAAAUGUCUCUCUCAGCCCUGCUGUUUGCUCACAGUGCUUCCUGUCCUCCUCAUUCCUCUGCAAGAAUGAUUUUGACUGAUGCGUCCUUUCUCACGUGCACGUGCAGGACAGCUCCUCUCUCUGCAGACUUGGACAUGCUCCUGGCUUGUUGCAGCCCUACUCUAAGGACUGAGGAGGCAAGGACUACUUUAGAAAGUCCCAAAUAUAGCAAGCUGAAUCUGGGUCCAUUAUUUUGGCUGAACUCUGGAGAAUUAAGGGGAGCCUUUAUGAACACAUCUUGCUUUAAAAAGAAGUUAUCAAGGGAGUAGCAAUCUCCCCUUGGCCCUGCCUAUUCCUGGACCUACUUAAAGAUGUGCAGAGCAGCUUAGCAUUGCAGCUGAGCCGAAUUUUGUUUUGUUGUUCAGCCAAGUCCCUUCGGCAAUAAGGUGAGGUGAUAGACUCCUACUCCUUUGGUUAUCUCGCUUUUGGAGCAAGUUGCAUUAAUUUUUUUAAGAGUGUCUUCUCCAAGGAAAGUAGAAAUAAUACACUUCUUGUUCUCUUUCCCUAUCAAUUUAUGCCCUCUGCCUCUUUCUCUUUCCUUCCUCUCCUUCCCUUUCUCUCUUCCCAUCCAAUUGACAUGGGAAGACCUUCAACUCACUUCAUCCCAUUGUUACCUGAUUUAAUGCUCCCUUCCUCUUCUAGUGGAUGCAUGCAGUCUAUUUUUUUAAUUUCUAUUUAAAUUGCAAAGUUUCUAUUUUUUUUUUCUUUUCCCUAAUUGCUAACACUUAAGGACAUUCUUUACUAUGGGACUUUUGUUUAUUGCAUUUGAAAUGUUUGUUUACAGUGGGAUUUCAGGGGGGAUUGUGUUUAGAGCAAAUAUAUGUAUCAAAAAUAACGACAUGCUCAACCUUCUUCAUCAUGGGAUAAGAAAAUUCUACAUGAUCAAAGAAUCCAUGUCAGCCUAAUUUUAAAUUCCUAGUCACUAGAGGAAAGACUUAUUUAUAUAAAAUGAAGUAUUUAUGAACCGUGAUACAGCAUCAGAUCUCAAUGAAGGAUGUAGAUUUUUGCUUUUUUUUUGUUUUUAAAACUUAUUUCAAUUGCUAAAUUGGUAGUUUUUUCAGUCUUUAUAAUACAAGAUUAAAAAAGAUAUAGUUAUAUGAAAUGUUUAUUUUCUAUGUGUGUGCAUAUAGUUCAAUAUAAUGCAAUAAAUUUGGUGUUUUAACUUAAAA